GCCCGGUGGGGCCGCGCGCGCAGGCGCAGUGGGUGGACGGCCGCGUGGGGGAAGGCGGCGCUCGUCCCGGGGGGCUCGCGGCGGGAUAUUCCAGGGCGGCGAGAGCGCAGGACUUGCCAUCUGGGACCCCAUGGCCGUCUUUUCCGGGCCCUUGGGCCUCUUCACCCAGGCAGGCCGGGCGCUCAGCCAGCGCUCCUUCAGCACCACCGGGAGCCUCGGUGCCAUUCAGAAGAUGACGCGGGUGCGCGUGGUGGACAACAGUGCCCUGGGGAACACCCCCUACCACCGCCCUCCUCGGUGCAUCCACGUCUACAACAAGAGCGGGGUGGGCAAGGUGGGCGACCGCAUCCUCCUGGCCAUCAGGGGGCAGAAGAAGAAGGCGCUCAUCGUCGGACAUCGCAUGCCCGGCCCCCGGAUGACCCCCAGGUUCGACUCCAACAACGUGGUCCUCAUUGAGGACAACGGGAACCCCGUGGGCACGCGGAUUAAGAUCCCCAUCCCCGCCGGCCUGCGCCGGCGGGAGGGCGAGUACUCCAAGGUGCUGGCCAUCGCUCAGAACUUGGUGUGAGCGGCACCCAGGCCUCCCCAGCUGCGGGACCCGGGCCUGAACACGUCCCCGCGGGGACCGCACGGCUGCUCCCUUCCCACGGGGGAUAGUGUCCAUGACAGAAUAAACAUUUCCAUGUAGGUUUUCUUCC